GCCUCCGCGGAGCCCGGGCAGCCUCUCCGCGUUCAUGGCUCUCUCCGGGUUGCAGCUGCGGGCCGUGCUCCGCCUCUCUCCGGCCCGCAGCGUCCUCUGGCCCGGCCCGGGGCUCCGCAACUACGCCAAGAAGGCCGGCGGUAAGCCAGGAUCUCGGGGGGGGGGAGGCUUUGCAAAGGGAGGCUGUUUCGGGGAACUCUGCACAUGGUCAGAGGGCCAAUGCAUUGCAUUGCAUUGGCCAAUUUGCAGGUAGACUGCACUGCGCUGUGGAGGUUCUGCUUCCUUCCUUCCCCCUAAAAGGGAGGCUGUUUGGGGGAACUCUGCACAUGGUCAGAGGGCCAAUGCAUUGCAUUGUAUUGGGCAAUUUGCAGGUAGACUGUAGACAAUGUUGCAGGUAGACAAUGCAUUGCAUUGUGUUGGCCAAUUUGCAGGUAGACUGCACCGCACUGUGGAGGUUCUGCUUCCUUCCUUCCUUCCCCCUAAAAGGGAGGCUGUUUGGGGGAACUCUGCACAUGGUCAGAGGGCCAAUGCAUUGCAUUGUAUUGGUCAAUUUGCAGGUAGACUGCACCGCGCUGUGGAGGUUCUGCUUCCUUCCUUCCUUCCCCCCAAAAGGGAGGCUGUUUGGGGGAACUCUACACAUGGUCAGAGGGCCAAUGCAUUGUAUUGUAUUGGCCAAUUUGCAGGUAGACUGUAGACAAUGUUGCAGGUAGACAAUGCAUUGCAUUGUGUUGGCCAAUUUGCAGGUAGACUGCACCGCACUGUGGAGGUUCUGCUUCCUUCCUUCCUUCCCCCCUAAAAGGGAGGCUGUUUGGGGGAACUCUGCACAUGGUCAGAGGGCCAAUGCAUUGUAUUGUGUUGGCCAAUUUGCAGGUAGACUGUAGACAAUGUUGCAGGUAGACAAUGCAUUGCAUUGCAUUGGCCAAUUUGCAGGUAGACUGCACUGCGCUCCUUUUGGGGCUAAUUUUUGGAACCUCAUUUCCAUUUUUGGGCUAACGAAACACGGGCCGCAGUUGUUGCGUACAUAAAUAGCCUUUUUUGACACCUGAGAAUUUCCAUCUGAAUUAUCCCCAACAGAAAGGACUCUGUUUUUUGGGGGGGGUGUGUGCUUUUAAUCAAAUUUUUUUCCGAUCCAUUAUGAAUUUUUCCCCCAAUACCCUUUUACAGGUCCACCACAUAUGAUAGAAUGUACCUCCAUUCUCAUUGCAUCUCCAGCACAUGUCCGAUUCUGUCUUAUACAUCUUAGGAAACCUACUCAGAGUAAAAUAAAGGUAAAGGUACCCCUGCCCGUACGGGCCAGUCUUGCCAGACUCUAGGGUUGUGCGCUCAUCUCACUCUAUAGGCCGGGAGCCAGCGCUGUCCGCAGACACUUCUGGGUCACGUGGCCAGCGUGACAAGCUGCAUCUGGCGAGCCAGCGCAGCGCAUGGAACGCCGUUUACCUUCCCGCUAGUAAGCGGUCCCUAUUUACCGUAUUUUUUGCACCAUAACACUCACUUUUUUCCUCCUAGAAAGCAAGGGGAAAUGUCUGUUAUGGAGCGAAUGCCUACGGAUGGCGGGGGGAUCUGCUGGAAUCGUGAGCAGAGGAUCCAUGGUUCCCCUUCCUUCCCUCCUCCGUGGCUCGCUUUGAAACAGCAAAGCGGGAGAAGAGCCGCUGAGUGGGGAGGAGAGAGGGACAGAGAGCCUGCUUGCUUUAAAGGAGCAAAGCGGGAGAGGAGAGGAGCCUUCUCCUCUUAUACCCCUCUUCUGCAUUAUUAACAGCAUCCUUCUCCACUCACCCCACACGUGUUCCUUGUCCCUUGAGUGCUUUUCCUUCCCUCCCCACUUGAAACAUGGUUACAAAGCACAGAUCCACAUGGAUCCUCAGGAUUUUUGCAUUGGGCUACCCCAAACUCACCGUCAGAUCACAUGUCUGUGGCCACAGCAUGAACCACAAAAAUCAUACAUCCGCUGUUUCAUUUAGAAUAUUUUGUUUGUUUGUUUUCCUUCUCUAAAAACUGUGUGCGUGUUAUGGUUGGGUGCGUGUUAUAGAGCGAAAAAUACGGUAUUUACUUGCACCCGGGGGUGCUUUCAAACUGCUAGGUUGGCAGGCGCUGGGACCGAACGACGGGAGCGCACCCCGCCGCGGGGAUUCGAACCGCCGACCACGCGAUCGGCAGGUCCUAGGCGCUGAGGUUUUACCCACAGCGCCACCCGCGUCCCUUACUCAGAGUAAAAUACCAUGUGUAAAUCAUUUUCAGGUGGUUCUCCUUCAAGGAAUAACAUGCUGUAGACUUCAGAUCGCUCUUCCAGAGUUUCCUCCAGAGAGUAAAAUCUAUAUUAUGUCCUAUAUCUAUUGCCCAGUGUAUAAUAGAGUUCUUUUGUUUCCCAACCAAUUUUAGGACCUGCUCCUCUUUGCUCCCUUCCCAGCAACCUCAAGGACAAUGGAGGCAGCAUUUCCCCCCCAGUUCAUUAUGGAUCAUUUCCCUUCUCUUUCUGUUUUCAUCCAGGUGUAAAGUUCAGAGGGAAAGGCCCCACCAAAGAAGACAUGAAGGGUCCCGAAGUCUGCAAAGACGCCGCGAUCCUCACCACCCACGCCGUGGGGGUCAACAUCUACAAGGAAGGCCCGGAAGUAGCUUUGAAGCCGGACUCGGAAUAUCCGGAAUGGUGAGUUUGCGGCAGACGAAGAGCCAAUCUUCUGUAGAAAUUUAGACAUUUGGUUUUUUUUAAAUUAACAAAUCAAGUUUCUAGUCCACAGGAUGUGUGCAACGAGAUAGAGAUUCGGGGGACAGUGCGUUGAGGAACCUCAGGUUCCCGUUUUGAAUCAGAAGAACAACUUUUUCGGAAAGGUCUCUGCCCCCCCACCCCAAUGCCCGAAAUAUAUCCAGUAGCCAAAAAUACUUUUAACUUGAAUCCAUAGCAUAGAAGUAAGGGUUUUGAAUCAAUAGUCAAAUAGUGGAUCUUAUUCUGAUUGCCCCAGCGACAAACCUUGCCACCUUUGCCGUCACCUGCUCAUCUUGAUCUGUCAAGAGAAAGGACACUGGGGCAGGGGCUGGGCGACCCAGAAUGGACGAUAAAAGAGGGGUGAUAAUCUCAUUCCUCAAGUCUUUAUCAAGAGGGCAAGCCAGAAGGUCAUGUGCCACCGAUUCGGGACUGCCGUCUCCGCAGGGAUGUUUGUCGUGUGGCAUCUGUUGGAAACGUCCCUCAAGAACAGCUGAGGGCAAGACACUUAAUCUCACGAGAGUCAAAGCGCAUCUGUAUUUUAGAAUUGCUAGGUGAUACAGAUAGGGUGCUGGAGAGUCGAAAUGGGAAGGUGGAAAACAGUCAUGCCAUGGGCAAAAUUUCCUUAUUGUGGCCAAGUUGUUCUGACGCUCAAUAUCAUUUAAAGGCUCAAUAUCCCUUUACCCUUUAAAAGGACCCCUGACCAUUAGGCCCAGUGGUGGCCGACUCUGGGGUUGCGGCGCUCAUCUCGCUUUACUGGCCGAGGGAGCCGGCGUACAGCUUCCGGGUCAUGUGGCCAGCAGGACUAAGCCGCUUCUGGCGAACCAGAGCAGCGCACGGAAACGCCAUUUACCUUCCUGCCGGAGCGGUACCUAUUUAUCUACUUGCACUUUGACGUGCUUUCAAACUGCUAGAUUGGCAAGAGCAGGGACCGGGCAACGGGAGCUCACCUCGUCAUUGCGGGGAUUCGAACCACCGACCUUCUGAUUGGCAAGUCCUAGGCUCUGUGGUUUAACCCACAGCGCCACCCGCGUCCCUCCAAUAUCAUUUAGGCGCUGACAAAUUAGACUGUUUGCUUUACUAAAACCCAAAGUGAGUAACUGUUGUGGGGAUAAACCACAACAGUGAAGUUUUUGAUGGACAAUUUCAGUCCAGGUGCUUUUGGGUUCUUGCAGCGCUAGGGAUAUUAGAUCAGGGGGAUUUGAGUUUAGGCAAAGCCAAUAGUUAAGUGUCCUGCGCCAGAUCCGUCAUUCUGCCGAGGGAAGAUUAGCCUCGAGGUGCAAUGAUGCACUCUCGACCGUCACGCCAGGCUGGCUCUCGCAGUUCCCUCUCCUACUUUCUCGGCUCACCCCAUCACCUUUCCCUUUGUUAACGGAAAAAAUCUGAGGGCUCCCUUGGACAAAAACAAAGACACCAACCAGGAUAACUUGGAGCGAAACAGCAGCCUGUAGGCUUGGCCUUUAUUGAUCUGUUGCAACAGGGUGCUCCCCUCACCUGCAGGAGAGAGGAGGGACCCAGAAAAAUGGCAUGCAAGACCUUAUAAAGACUUUUGGAAUUGCCACCCUGUAGAUCAAGGGACGCGGGUGGCGCUGUGGGUAAAACCUCAGCGCCUAGGAUUUGCCGAUCGUCAGGUUGGCGGUUAAAUCCCCGCGGCGGUUAAAUCCCUCCCGUCGCUCGGUCCCUGCUCCUGCCAACCUAGCAGUUCGAAAGCACCCCUGGGUGCAAGUAGAUAAAUAGGGACCGCUUACUAGCGGGAAGGUAAACGGCGUUCCGUGUGCUGCGCUGGCUUGCCAGAUGCAGCUUGUCACGCUGGCCACGUGACCCGGAAGUGUCUCCGGACAGCGCUGGCCCCCAGCCUCUUAAGUGAGAUGGGCGCACAACCCUAGAGUCGGACACGACUGGCCCGUACGGGCAGGGGUACCUUUACCUUUACCUUUAGAUCAAGACCACCCCCAGAAACAUCAUACCUACAUCACAGAACGGGUUUAACCUAAGACCACCCCUCAGGUACAUCAUACAUACAUCACAGAAAAGGCGGUCUACAACAGAAAUUUGAAGGUUGUUUUUCUCCUGUCCUUGUUUAUCUCCUGUCUGGCAGGUUACUUGAUUGGAUUGCCUGGGAAGCCCGGCCAUUCUUUUGUAGUGAUAAAUACUUAGUUCCUGGGCCAGGUCACAGGCUCACACCCUCUUCAAACACAGACAUACCCUUAAGACAGGAUUUGUGAGGAAAGAGACAAUGGGAGGUUUCCCACUUUGACCUUGCAGAGAAAACAUUUGCUCAGUUUAGGAAUCAAAAUGGUUCCAGGUCGGUCUUCCUGUGCUGAUCUAUGUACCGUAUUUUUCGCUCUAUAACACCCACCGGACCAUAACACGCACGUAGUUUUUAGAGGAGGAAAACAAGAAAAAAAAUAUUCUAAACGAAAUAGUGGAUAUAUGAUUUUUGUGGUUCAUGCUGUGGCCACAGACAUGUGAUCUGACAGUGAGUUUGGAGUAGCCCAAUGCAAAAAUCCUGAGGAUCCAUGUGGAUCCAUGCUUUGUAACCACGGAGGAGGGAAGGAAGGGGAACCAUGGAUCCUCUGCUCACGACUGCAGCAGAUCCCCCCGCCACCCGCAGGCAUUCGCUCCAUAACACGCACAGACAUUUCCCCUUACUUUCUAGGAGGAAAAAAGUGAGUGUUAUGGUGCAAAAAAUACGGUAUGUGCUUGGUUGGUACGCUUACGAACAUUGCCAUAUAUCUAAGACCUCAAAAUUCCUAUCACACCUUCCAGGCUUUUCCAGAUUCAUCUCGGGCCCCCCAAGAAGCUGGAGGAGCUGGACCCGGAGACCCACGAAUAUUGGCGGAAGCUGCGGAAGCUGAACAUUUGGCAGGAAAACAAACUCAAGAAAGUCCGGUCGUUUUGAUGCAGAGAGCUGUGAAAGCGGCGGUUGGUUGCUGGGAAAGGACCUUGUUUUCUAGUUUUAUGUCUCCCUUUGGUGUAAAAGUUGGCCAAUAAAAACCUCAACCCUGCAGGGUAGUCCCUGUGA